AUGAACAGAAAGCGGAAACAUCCAGACAGGGACCCAAGCUCCGAGCUGCAUCCAUCCCAGCUCCACUGCACCAUGGGCGACUUCAGGCCCGGCCGCUGGUCCCUGAUCCUGCUCCUGCUGCAAAUUCAGCCUGUCAAGGUUCAGGGAGUCGAUGUGUCCCAGAAACUACGACGACUACACGAGCAGUUCCAGCAGUUCCAGGCACUGACCCAGGCCCGUUUGGACAUGUUGGCCCAGAACCAGAACAGAAACACCUCGGGAGGGCUGGAGAGCCGCGUUCAGGCCCUUAGUGACCGCUGGCACAGCGUGUCACAGGACCUAGAACACUUCAAGCUGAGCACAACGCAGGAGAUAGAAGGUCUCAGAGAGUGGAGCAGGAAGCUGGAGAAGAAGAAUAAACGGUUGGAGGGUCGUCUGGCUUCGUUGGAGAGGAACCUGAGGGAGAACCGCCGACACGCCCAGAAACAGAAGCCUGAUCCCGGUCCGGAUUUCUCCAACCUCACCCUGGAGCUCCAGAGCCAAGACGAACGGCUGGCUGCCCUCCAAGCCCAGCGUGAUGAGCUGAUCAUCGGGCUGAAGGGGUUGCAGGAAUCCCUGAAGAACCAGGCCCUGCGUGUGACCCGGCUGGAUGUCCGGCUCGGUGAGGUGCUCCAGCAGAACGGAGGAGUUAGAACCAGAGGGACGUGGAGGACGGGAGAGUCUCUGGACUCCGGCGUCACACCUCAGAGCCAGACACCCAGAGGAGGGAGGUCUGGAAGGAUCCUGGAGACCCAACCCAGAUCAGAAGGUUUCAGCUAUUCACAGACUGAUGAUCAAUCACAGUCCACAACGCACCUAAAGCCUCUUCAGAACCAGGCAGGAUCGAACCAGCCUAAACAGUCAAAGACCCGGAAGUCAAGACCUCAACCAGUAUCUCAUCCUCAGAUUCAAGUCCAGUACUCAAAUCUUGAACCCCGGUCCACAGAUUACCUGCCCCAGCCUGACCCUUAUGGUCCCCAGUCACAGAUCCAGAUCCGGGCCCAGACAAAGCCGUACUCGAUCCAGCAGGAGCAGAUCCAGUUGAGUCAGACUGUCCCGUAUCUUCAUGCACGGGUCCAGCAAAAAUCCCGGCCUCGGUUGAACCGUCAUCCCGAGUCACACAACCCAAGUCAUCCCUAUCGGUCCCAACCCCUGCCUCAUUCUCAAACGUAUCCUGAACCCACAAAAGACAGACAGAGCCGGACCAGUCAGGGGUCUCCAAGGGUCCAGGUCCUUGAUGGUCUACCUCAGCCCCAGUCUGAGUCUGAUCAGCCCCGGUUGAGCGUCUGGGAUGGAGGAGAGGAGGAGGAAAGUGACACAAAGGUAGAGUCUUCAGUGAUCCACAACUUCCUCCAUCUUCCUGUGAGGCAAAAAAUCCCUACACGACCCAUUCCCAAGAAAGAAGCAACCAUCUGUAACGUGGACUCCAUGCUGUUCUUCCCCUCGGCCUCAGCGGAGAACUACGUCACCUUCUUCCGGUCUCUCCCCGACCUUCCGGAACUUUCUGUCUGUUUGUGGCUCCGUGUGGAGACCUCACAUGUCGGCACUCUGCUCUCUUAUGCCACAGACGUCAACGACAACCAGUUAGUUCUGUAUGGAAGAAACUCCUCCACCACAUCUGCAUCCUCCCUGGACUUUGUCAUCGGAGACCCCGUAUAUCGCCGCCUCCCUGCGUCGUCGCUCCUGGACGCUCACUGGCACCACCUCUGCGUCCUCUGGUCCUCCAUCCAAGGUCGUUUCUGGCACUACAGUGACCGGCUCCUCGCCUCCUCUGGCUCCAACUUCAGGAAGGGCUGGGAGAUCCCCGGUGGAGGGUCGGUGGUGCUGGGGCAGGAGCAGGACACUGUCGGUGGGGGGUUCGACCCCGCGGAGGGUUUCGCUGGGCAGGUGGCCGGGUUCAGGAUGUGGAGCCGGGUGCUGAGUCCUGCAGAGGUGGAAGGGGUGGCAGAAGGAAGAGGGGUGCCCAGAGGGGUGGUGCUUGGCAUGGAGGACAUCAAGGAGCUCCAUGGGGAAGUGCAGCUGGUCGGUUGUGAAUGUUUGGAGCAUUGUGUUUAAUAAAGUUUCAGAAAUCAAGAGUUUCAUUCCAAAACAAGUUCUGCAGGGAUUGUCUUUUGCCUUUCUUUUAAAAUGAAACCUUUUUUUUCUUCUAGAUUAUUUUUUUUCACAUGUGUUUGAUGAACACAAAGCAGACUCUUACUGGAGUUAAAGUUAUAUCAAACGGAAGUGAAACUAGUCAGACUAAUCAGCUACCAAUAAUAAUCUGAGUUUGAUCCAACAGUCAAUAAUUAAACACUACAAAGGAUCCUAGAACAAUACAAAUUUGUUAAUGUGAUAUUAAUGUCUCUUACUUUCAUGCCAAAAAUAUUUUUGUAUGCCGGGUACUACACUUUUUCCAAUAUUGGAUAUGUGAUUUGGAAUGAAACUCUUCCAAUGGUGUUUUUUAUGUUUUAUUGUGUAUUUGUCAUACAUCUGUAUAUCCAAUUGAUCCUCUGAGAACCAGAACAAGAUCUCAGUAAAGGCUCACUUCUGAGACAGAUUCCCUCUAAUCUGCAACAGACAUAACAGGUUAUAUAAUAAAACAGCCUAUUAAUAAUAUUAACUAUGACUCAUUUUGUAAAACAUUAUACAGAUACAGGAUGGAUAUUAAAGUAAGAGAAAAAUUGUUUAUCAAUGAUGCUGCACUUUCUUACAUUUUUGUGGAUAUAUUUGUAUAUAUAUUGAUAGCCACUUUUUGACUGUAGAAAGAGAUUUCUGUGGUUCUGUCUUUUGGAUAGUCAGUAGAAACUUAUAAUGCUUAUUUUUAUACUAAUAAAUCUUUAGAUCUCAUAAUGCUUUUGUUUUAUCAUU